CUCGAGGAAAGCGCGCGGCGCUCAGAUUCACUUUUCUCUUGUUGUCAGUUUGGAGAGUUCGGUUUCAAACAGUUUGAAACAAGUUGGAAAAACUUUUUUUUUCUUUUUUUCUUCUCUCUCACUCACUCUUCGUUUUGGUGACGACGAUUGCAAUUCAAUAAAUUGACUCUGAUAUAAUGCACGUGAUAAAAUACACGACCGUGAUCUUCUUCUUAUUCUUCUCCAAAAAUACACUACGUCGACGCUUCACGUAGUAGAAAUUUUUGUAUAUAUAAAUUUUUACCCGGCUCGUGGAGAAGAAAAUUUUUUCUGGCCUAGAAAAAUCAAUGUACGUUUAUUUUAAUAGUAAAUGAUAUACUAAAUAAUAAAAUAAUACAGAAAAAGAAAAUAAUUCUCUCAGUUGAUUUUGUUAGGUCAGAAAGAAACUGUUUUCUUUUCUAUAUUUUUCCUGUGAGUUUGUUUUUUGCUUUGAAAACAUUGACCUGAGAAGAUCCAUUCGCUUGAACUCUUUAGUAGAGGUCAGUUAGGGAAUUUGAAGAUUCCCGAAGAGCACUUGACAAGAGGAGUGGAGAAAUAAUCUUUUCUCGAGACAUUGGUCUUUCUUUUUUGUGUUUGAAAAAAAAAGUCCAAGGAGAAUAGAAAAAAAAUAUAUACAUUAUAUUAAUUCAAUUUUUAAGAAAGAAAGAAGAAAAUAAAUAAUUUUAUUUGAUGAAGAGAAAAUUUAUAAAUGGGCUGCAGAUCAAUCGAUUUAUUUUGGACGAGAGUCUUCAGAAAUUUAUUGUCGAUUCGCGCCGAUUUUCCGGCGCGAGAGAAAAUCAUAGAUACACGUCGUUUAGAUGCCGAUAAGCCGCUUAUAUAUACUUAGAGGAGAAAACAAUAUAAAGUAAACAGUUGGCAAUAUUUGCUUUCAUCUCAUAAGUAUCUUCCAUUAGUCCUUGAAAAUAGAGAGGGAUUAUAUUGAUCGACAAUUUAAAAAAAAAAUAAUAAUAAUAAUAAAAUAGCUGCCAUAUCGUGAAACUGUUUAUUGGUCGUAUUGAGGAGAGAAAAAAAAAUAUACAUAUAUUCCAUCGCAAUUUAUUCGUAUAUUUAUACAAAAUGGCGAGUCGUAUGAAAGCACUCUACAACCAAGUGGUAUUCGAGAGAAGAGUUCUAUUGGCUUGCACUAUUCUUGUUGGACUUUCAAUUUGCAUCUGGGCAGUUGCAAUUGGAACUGAUCAUUGGUUUUCAGUGGCAGCGCCCGACGAUCAAGGACUUCCGAUGAAAGACAGAGGAAUUCCAAAUAGACGACUCUUAAAGAAAAAUGUCGGCCUCUGGAGAACUUGUAUCACGUACAAAAUUCCAAUCAAUAAUACUAUCAUCGAAUGGCACACCAAAAGUGAGUGCAAGCAUCAGGAGAUGUUUCCAACUGAACGGGAAAUAAGAAGAGAUCCGGGUCUUAAUAUAACAGUACUCAAUUACUCGAGAACAGAAGUUUCGUUUGCCGUGAUCAGUUUGUUUAUUAUGAUAAUGGGUUUCGGAUUUUCUAUCUACACGUUCCGUAAUCCACGCUACAUGUUCAAGCGAUUAGCUGGCGGAAUCCACUUUAUUACAGGUGCCUGUGUCAUGGUGGUUAUACAAGUGCUUCUUUCGUCAAUUGAAUUUCAAAAACAUUUUAUGCCAGAAAUUCAUCCCCACGGUGCAACCACAUCCUACGAUUUCUCUUUGAUUUUAGCGUGGCUUGUUUUUAUAAUUAAUUUGCUCUCAGGUUGUGCUUUCAUGCUCUUUUCGAAAAAACGAAAAAGAGAUAAAGCGCCCACUGAAGAAAUAGCAAUGGCUGACGAACCAACUAUUAUAGGACGAUAAAUUACUUAUCAUCUGAAAAAUUAAAAUAUUAAAUUACAAAUCUAUGUAUAUACAUAUUGAUAAUAUUAACUUCUCUCAGCGAAUAGAAAAAAAGACCAAAAAGAGACCAAACAAAAAAAAAAUGAAAAUGCGCUCUUAAUUUUUCGAAAUUAAGCCAAAAAUACUCGUCUUAAAAAAAACAAACGAA